AUGUCUGGUAAAACAACUGGAACCAAGAGGUUUGACUCAGCAAUUGCCAGUGACGCAGAGCUGGAUGGUGAAGCCAUCAUAAUUGAGGCCCCAACAGAAAGUGGUCCGCAACCUUUAAUGAGAAGAAGUUCAUCACUUUUUUCUCUUAGUAGUAAAGAAGAUUUACCUAAACCUGAGGAAGUUGAAUACAAUGCCUUUAUUGAAGAUAAUAGACACUUUUCGUUGAUUAGAAACUUACAUAUGGCAGAUUUCAUUACACUUUUAAAUGGGUUUUCAGGCUUCUAUUCUAUUAUUAGUUGUUUAAGAUAUACAUUAACUGGGCAAAGUCAUUAUGUUCAAAGAGCACAUUUUUUCAUUUGUUUAGGAAUGUUUUUCGACUUUUUUGAUGGUAGGGUUGCCAGAUUAAGAAAUAAAUCCUCCUUGGUGGGUCAAGAAUUGGAUUCUUUAGCUGAUUUAGUUUCCUUUGGUGUUGCACCUGCAAGUAUUGCCUUUGCAAUUGGAUUUAGAACUACUACUGAUGUUUUAUUAUUAACCUUUUGGGUAUUAUGUGGGUUAACGAGAUUGGCUCGUUUCAAUGUUACUGCUAAUCAUAUUCCAAAGGACAAAUCUGGUAAAUCGAAGUAUUUCGAAGGUUUACCAAUUCCUAGUAAUCUUUUUUGGGUUGCUUUCAUGGCAGUUUUGGUUUAUCGUGAUGCCAUUUUGGAUAAAUUACCUGGUGGUGUUGUAUUUGUAGGUUCUUCAUUUGAGUUCCAUCCAGUGGCCUUGGGAUUUUUCUUACAAGGUUGUGCUGAGAUCUCCAAAUCAUUACACAUCCCUAAACCAUAA